AUGUCAAAUACUUCAUCCAAAAAGUCAAUCAAUUCAUCUUCUGAAGAUGAAAUGCCAAUUCAUAAAGUUCAAGUAAGUGGAGAUAAUAAUGAAUUUAUAAUAAUCAAUCACAAAAAAUAUUAUAAACUGGAUUUACAAUCAAUUUUUGGAGGUGAUUUACAAAAUACUCCAACUCCUUAUCCAACUUUUAAUUUAAAUUCUGCACCAAUGGGACUUUGUGCAUUUGCACUUACAACAUUUACUUUAAGUCUUUAUAAUUGUGGAGCAAGACUGAUUAAAAUUCCUAAUUUAGUAUUUAGUCUUGGAAUAUUUUAUGGUGGAAUGGUACAAUUUUUUUCUGGAUUAUUGGAGUAA